CUUUUCCUCUUUUUUUUUUUUUAUUAUUUCUUGUAAUUAAACACAACAUAUAAAUGAAAGAAUAUAAGCUUGUAGUUUUAGGUUCAGGAGGUGUAGGAAAGUCAGCUCUGACUGUUCAAUUUGUUCAAUCUAUCUUUGUUGAAAAAUAUGAUCCUACCAUUGAGGAUUCUUAUAGAAAACAAGUUGAGGUUGAUGGACAACAAUGCAUGCUCGAGAUUUUAGAUACAGCAGGUACUGAGCAAUUUACAGCAAUGCGUGAUUUAUACAUGAAAAACGGUCAGGGUUUUGUUUUAGUAUUUUCGAUAACAAGUCAAGUUACUUUGACUGAUCUUCAUGAGAUUAGGGAGCAAAUAAUUAGAGUGAAAGGUUCUGAAAAUAUACCUAUGGUAUUAGUGGGUAAUAAAUGUGAUUUAGAAAAUGAAAGAAUGGUUUCAAGAGAAAAAGGAAUGUCAUUGUCACAACAAUGGGGUGGAAAACCAUUUUAUGAAACUUCAGCAAGAUUUAAAAUUAAUGUUGAUGAAGUAUUUUAUGAUGUAGUUAGACAGAUUAACAAACAAAAUCCUUCAAAAGAGAAGAAUAAGAAAAAGUUUAAAUGUCUUAUUUUAUAAUAUAAGUAUUUAUUCCUCCCUCCCUUUCUUCCCUUUCGCCUUCCCCUUAUAUA